AUGUCACGGUUUUUUGCGUUGGUCGUUGCACUAGAUCCGGACGCUCUUCGAGCGUAUGCAUCACCUCUGCAAAGCGAAAACAAUCAUAAUGGAAGACCAGUCCUGGUUCAUUGCGAUGAGAUAACGCCGUUAAAAGUGGGUAGUUUAAUAAGGCUCAAAAGCUCCACUUACGACACGCAAAGCAGCACCUACAUUACUUUCGAGAAGACGGAGAAGUGUUUACCAACUGACUUCUUCGAUGACAAUGAAAUUGUUGCGUUUGAAUCGCUUGUCGUUUUCAACGAGAAAUUUGCUGACAAGGACGCACUGGACGGACUGAUUGGAUGGAACCUCCAAGUUGGGCGAGUCAUGGUGUCGAAUUCUUCAUUGACAGACAGGCGCGGUGGGAGGCUCCUUCCUGGAAUCGUCUAUCAAGGACUCAUUUACUGCCCCGCACGAAAUUCUAUUAAAAAGGAAAGACAACUGAUGCAUCAACAUGAAAGUAUGUGGCUUGUGCAGGAUCUUGUGAGGUCCGUCCCUGAGCUGCGUGGCUCUCUACAGAAACUUUUUACACAGGAAAUACCGGUAGCCUCACAAGAAAAACCAGCUACCGUUUGGAGUUUUCUUCCGCCUAGCUCCUUGAACAUCAGCAUUUACGAUAAACCGAUGAGGGCGCCGCCUCCUGUCAAACAACCAAGCCCCAUUGUCCUCAAUUUCCAGUCACAAGGAGCUCAAACGAUCAUGGAUGAUGUCACUAAUCCAUUUCGCUCACCACCGCCUAUUUCAUGGUCACAAAUGGAUGAUGAGCAGAAGCAAUUGUCACCAAGCAUCAUGACGCCACCAAGGCCGCUGAGGAAGAUAAAACUUGGAUUUGGUGAAUCCAGAGGAUGGCUUAGAACAAAUAAAGCGAUAACUAGUGAAAGCAUCUGGAAAACGCAAUCUCGGGAUAAUGCUUCAGUUAGCACUGCAAAUCUAGCAUCACCAGAAAUCGCCUACAUCGUUCGAGUCGUCCAUGGCAAGUACGCAAUCGCAUACAGUUUCCAACGCAAUUUGAUCUGGUACGAUUUGACGAAGAUCUCGAAAAUAACGCAGCUUUCUCAUGAGCCAACGGUCGCUGUCACUUUUACGAAGAUGGUCGAUUUUUCAUGUUGCCCCGGCGCCGCAAACAACGAGGAAAGUGUGAAUCUUCAGGCUGUCGAUGUGUCAGUGGAAGAGGAUGCGCCUAAUAUCAAGUUUCAACUCUGCACACCUAGAACAGAAAGCUUUACCGUCGACGACCCUCCCAAGAAGGACACAAUCAAGUGCCGGCUUCGGUUUACACUGUUUAGGAAUAGUCUGCGCAAUGAAUUUCUCGAGAAACAACAGAAAGAUUGCUAUUUCCCCUCACAUGUCAUCAGGGAGCUUACACAGCUGUAUCAAUAUACGGAAUUGAAGAGUUUCGAAAUUUUCAUACGCGUGCGCCCCGAAUGUGCGCCGGAUGAGAAGAUGGCAUUCGAAUACCACUGCAUGUAUGACGAAACAAGUGGCACCAGAGGAUCAAUGGAAAUUCGAUCUUAUGUUGCUCGCAGAGGCAAAUUUCUGCGGUUGAUGGACGAAAAAAGGAAGAAA